AUAUAGAAGUAUAGAUCUACUAUCUACAUCUAGAUCUUAUCUUAUAUGAUACAGACGUUACUUCAAAAAAAGAAGAUGAUUACAUCCUGCGCGUCAUUCAUUUAGUCAUGCAUAUUAACCAGUGACCUAAACUCCUCCAAGCAAGGUUUAAAAAAAAAAGGUGAGGUAACUCUAACACCAUUUACCAUGGAGCAGAUGACCUUGAAAAAAAAUCAUCCAAUAGAUUGUAUGAACAGAGCAAAAGAUAAACAUAGCAACGUCAAAAGUGUAGUGUGCAGUAGAGAAUGUAAGCAUGUGAAUAACAAUAACUUGAAGCAAGAUCUUUUAUCUCAUACACAAACGCAACGAUUUCAAUGCCUUCUAUGCAAGAAAGAAUUCAUCAAUCCAUUUCAGUUAAAGAAGCACAAAAGGGUUCAUUCUGGACAAAAGCUCCGAUGUAAUUUGUGUAACAGGUUAUUUAAUUCUUUGUUGAAAUUGAAAUAUCAUUUUUCAAUUCAUACUGGGGAAAAGUCUUUUCAGUGUUAUCACUGUAACGAACAAUUUAGUAGUGUUUUUAAGUUGAGACAUCAUUUAUCAUUUCAUCUUCAUUAUCGUCCGUUUGAAAAGUCGUUUCAGUGUUAUCACUGUAAUGAACAUUUUCUAGGAGUUACAAAGUUAAGGCACCAUUUAUCAUACCAUCUUGGUUAUUUUCGGUUUCUAUGCCCUUUUUGUAAUAAAGGAUAUUUUGUCAAGAAAAGUUUAAAAGAGCAUAUGGAAACUCAUAGUAUUAAGAUGAAAACUUUUCAGUAUCCAUUUCACUGUCAUAUUUGCAAUAAAGGCUUGAGAAGUUCUUCCCACUUAAAAUCACAUAUGUUUUCUCAUACUGGGGAGAAACCAUAUAAAUGUAACCAAUGCUGGAAGGGGUAUUGUUCCUUGACAGCAUUGAAGGAGCAUCAUUAUAUUCAUACUGGGAAUCAGCCAUAUCAAUGUGAAAUUUGCAAAAAAGGUUUUGUGCAGAAUCGCUCCUAUAAAAAACACAUGCUGGUUCAUACAAAAGAACAACCAUUUCAGUGUGAAAUUUGUUCCAAAAGAUUUAAAUCAAUCACUGCUAUGAAAAAACAUUCUCUGAUUCAUAGUAAAGAAACUCCCUUUCAAUGUGUGAUAUGCAAACAAAGAUUUAGAUUUAAAGCAAAUUUAUUAGCCCACCAAAAGCAAGCACAUUAUCGUAAGGAAAAAAAAUGUUUUAAAUGUGUUUUAUGUAAUGGAUCUUUUUUAAAGAAGAUAUCAGUUCUAUUGCACCUUAAAUCUCACAUCAGUGACAGGACAAGACUAAGAUGUUUAUUGUGCAACAGAAUUUUUUCAAAGCAAUAUUACUUGAAAUACCAUAUCCUUCAUCACACAAGAAAAACAUUUGUAUGUGUACUCUGUAAUAAAAGUUUUAAAUACAGGAAUAAUUUGAGAGAUCAUUUAAAAGCUCACACGAUAAAGAGGAAAGUAAGAUAAACUAUAGAUCCGUAGUAUUGAAAUUUAAUUAGGUCACUUUGUCUUUCUACAGUUUACAUUUUUUAAAAAGUGCUUUAAUUAAAUUAAAUUUUGUCAAAUUUGGUUACCGCAAUGUUUCAUAAACUUUUUUCUUAAUGGAGCACUUUGUUUAUUUUUUAGAGAUUAUUGGCCUACUAGUUAAUUAUUCCAGUAGUUCGUAGAACACCAAUUCAGGCCUCGCCAAACACUAGGGGUUCCACAGAACACAGUUUGGGAAACACUGGGUUACAGAAUAUAAUAAUUUUGAAAUGACCAAUGGAGGUACUUAGAGUUAAAAGUACCAGAUUUUAAUACUUUUUGGAAAUCAAAGGCUUUCUUGUAGUACUGUUCACCAUUCCAUCCAGGUUUGAAGGGAUUACUUUUGUAUUUGUCCAAUUGACCACCUCAGCCUAACUACUGUAACAAUAGGAAUAAGUUUGACUACAAUUGACCACCUCAGCCUAACUACUGUAACAAUAAGUUUGACUACAAUUGACCACCUCAGCCUAACUACUGUAACAAUAAGUUUGACUACAAUUGACCACCUCAGCCUAACUACUGUAACAAUAAGUUUAACUACAAUUGACCACCUCAGCCUAACUACUGUAACAAUAGGAAUAAGUUUGACUACAAUUGACCACCUCAGCCUAACUACUGUAACAAUAGGAAUAAGUUUGACUACAAUUGACCAUCUCAGCCUAACUACUGUAACAAUAGGAAUAAGUUUGACUACAAUUGACCACCUCAGCCUAACUACUGUAACAAUAGGAAUAAGUUUGACUACAAUUGACCAUCUCAGCCUAACUACUGUAACAAUUGGAAUAAGUUUGACUACAAUUGACCACCUCAGCCUAACUACUGUAACAAUAGGAAUAAGUUUGACUACAAUUGACCACCUCAGCCUAACUACUGUAACAAUAGGAAUAAGUUUGACUACAAUUGACCACCUCAGCCUAACUACUGUAACAAUAGGAAUAAGUUUGACUACAAUUGACCACCUCAGCCUAACUACUGUAACAAUAGGAAUAUAGAUGCAAAUAUGAACAACAUUCACACACGAAACACAUACACACUCAUAACCAGCCCUUGAUGAAUUCUAUGUACUUCUCGAUGACGACAGAUGACCUUGUAACACUCUGACCGAAAGUGGGAUUUCAUCUUUUUGUAGAUUGGUCUUUGGUCCUUAAUUAGUUUUUGAUACCAGUAUGAGGCUCAGAAACAAUAAACUAAUUAACUACACAUAGACUAGACCUUGAAGACUUGACUUGAAUGUUUUAGACAUGUUAAAAAUAAAUAAACAUUUGUUAAGUAUAUUUGGGCAUAUUGACUUACUUAAUCUCCCAUAUAGCUUCUUCAUUAAAGAUUAGUUUAGACUGCAUGUACUAAUAAUGCAAUUAAUGUGUAUUACUCUCAGUAAUACAGGGAUUUUGGGGGCACGGGAGCUAAACCUUUGAGGACCCUUGCAUUUUGACAUUCAACAUCAUGACAUGAGAUAAUGUACUUAAUAAAAAAUAUGUGUUAAGUCCAAUAGGUACAAUAUAUAAGUAAAAAAAAUGUUUUUAAAAUCCCUUUAAGACACUUUUAAUGAAUAAUACCAUUGUUUAUUUGUGAAAUAAUGCUCAAGUGGCAAAUCUCAAUUAAUCUAUAUCUAUAACAUCAAGUGGCAAAUCUCAAUUAAUCUAUAUCUAUAACAUCAAGUGGCAAAUCUCACUCAAUUAAUCUAUAUCUAUAACAUCAAGUGGCAAAUCUCACUCAAUUAAUCUAUAUCUAUAACAUCAUUAAGAUCAAUGCUGUCUAGUAUUUUUGACAUCACAUGAUUAGUGAGAUGGCACCACUGAUUACUUUCAUUACUAAUAAAUGUUUCCUGAACUAGACUGCAAUAUUUUUGUGGUAUAAUUUAUGAGUGUUACCACUAGAUCUAGGUUUUUGCCCCAAGAUGCAUCUCCUUAUGAUAAAAUGGUGCAGUGCAGUGAAAAAUGGGUGGUAGCUUCCACCCCCCUUUUUCCUGCAAACACACAUUAAGAACAAAAAUACUUAGUCUGUGUCUGGACUUCACACUGGACAAUAAAUUUUUAGCAAUAUUUUCAUUGCACAAUUUUUCAUUCUGAUCUUGUCAACAAAUUUUACUGGACAUUCCACUUUUAACAAAUCAGCUCUUAUAUCUCAUGUAUGUAUUUAUGUUAAUCUUUUCUUUCAUGUUAAUUUGAGUUAAACGUUGCUAGUUUUUUUUUUUUUUUUUUUUUUCUUAAUAAGCCAAUCCACAUUUCAUGGGUCAUUAGAAUUUUUUAAAAUCUUCUUACCAAAAAUAUAUAUUUUUACAUUAGACUGAUAAUCAAUUAGAUUUUUGUUUUUAUUUGUAAGUUUUAUUGUAUGUAUUCCUGUUGAUGUACAGCCUGUGUAACGUUUCUUUUGAAAAUAAAGACAUAACUCAUUCUCUCUUAAUGGACCUCAUUCACCAAUCGUAAACAAACAACAUUUAGUCACGUGAUCUUAUUGAGAAAACAACGAAACAAACGGUCACGUGACAACCAUCAUGAAUUAAACAUUAGAUCGUAAAUUAUAUAGAAGAGAUUGAGUACCACGAGGCUAUAUGUUGUUUGUUUACGAUUGGUGAAUGAGGCCCAUUGACAAUAGUAUCGUUGAUUUUGACCCCGUGAAAUUUUUGGUUUUUGGAAACUUGUAUUUAUGUUACCGGCAUAUAAAAAUAGAAUCUAUUCUCCUAAAAUUUUAUACCAGAAGUAAUGUUUUCUGAUUACAAACAUUAUUGUUAAAUCAUAAGUUAAAUCAUAACGGUAGAAUGUACAAAUGUGAAAAAUGAACAAUUCUGUCAGAACGUGGAAAAAUAAUUACGGAGAUAAAGAGUUUAAAUUGCGGUAAGAUAAAAAUAAGCAUUCAUUAAUAAAAAGAAGACGAAAAUAAUAUUUGUGUUU